GUGUCAUCCUGGUCCUGAAUCUCUUCUGGUUCUUCUCUUGGCCUCCGGCACAGCAGAAACCUUGUCUGCCAACUUCUCCACUUGGGAUCCUCGGACUUUGCUCUUUCCAGGGUCUCAGGCUGGAAGGGGAUGGGGGACUGAGUUGUGUUCCUGAGAGACUCAGAAGCAUUCACAGAAUCAUAUUGCCAAAUAUAAUUUGAUUGAGGAGAGGAGGGGGAAACUAUUCCAUCUAUUAUCCCUUUUCAUUCUCUCACCUCCCCAAAUAUUGCAGCCAGUUUAUGGCACUGUGUCUGGGGUGCAGAGGGUGGGGUAUGUGAAGUGUGGGGGAUGGAUGGAGAAGCUCUCGCUAGCGCUGCCUGUGGUCAAAUCUGCUUUCAGUCCCAUCUCCAGAGCGCACACACAGAGACACACACACACACACACACACACACACACACACACACACACACACACACUCGCUCUCUCGCUCUAGCUCUCUUCUCUCCCUCUCUCCCUCUCAUUCCCUGUCUCCUUCUCCUUUUUUUUUUUUUUGGUACCAUAGAGUUGCACUGAAAACAGAAGAUAGAGGGAGUCUCAGAGCUCGCCAUCUCCAGCGAUCUCUACAUUGGGAAAAAACAUGGAGUCAGCUCCAGCAGCCCCCGACCCAGCCGCCAGCGAGCCGGGCAGCAGCGGCUCCGAAGCGGCCGCCGGCUCCAGGGAGACCCCGCUGAACCAGGAAUCCACCCGGAAAAGCGAGCCGCCCGCACCGGUGCGCAGACAGAGCUAUUCCAGCACCAGCAGAGGUAUUUCGGUAACAAAGAAGACACAUACAUCUCAAAUUGAAAUUAUUCCAUGCAAGAUCUGUGGAGACAAAUCAUCAGGAAUCCAUUAUGGUGUCAUUACAUGUGAAGGCUGCAAGGGCUUUUUCAGGAGGAGUCAGCAAAGUAAUGCCACAUACUCUUGUCCUCGGCAGAAGAAUUGUUUGAUUGAUCGAACUAGUAGAAACCGCUGCCAACACUGUCGAUUACAGAAAUGCCUUGCUGUAGGGAUGUCUCGAGAUGCUGUAAAAUUUGGUCGGAUGUCAAAAAAGCAGAGGGACAGCUUAUACGCCGAGGUCCAGAAACACCGAAUGCAGCAACAGCAGCGAGAUCACCAGCAGCAGCCUGGAGAGGCAGAGCCAUUGACACCAACGUACAAUAUCACCACCAAUGGGCUAACGGAGCUUCACGACGACCUCAGUAAUUACAUUGAUGGUCAUACCCCUGAAGGUAGCAAAGCAGACUCUGCAGUUAGCAGCUUCUACUUAGACAUACAGCCUUCUCCAGAUCAGUCGGGUCUUGAUAUUAAUGGAAUCAAACCAGAACCAAUAUGUGACUACACGCCAGCAUCGGGCUUCUUCCCCUAUUGCUCUUUCACAAAUGGAGAGACUUCUCCGACUGUAUCCAUGGCAGAAUUAGAACACCUUGCACAGAAUAUUUCCAAGUCACAUAUGGAAACUUGCCAGUACUUGAGAGAGGAGCUACAACAGAUAACAUGGCAGACCUUUCUCCAGGAAGAGAUUGAAAACUAUCAAAACAAGCAGAGGGAAGUAAUGUGGCAGUUAUGCGCGGUCAAAAUAACAGAAGCUAUUCAGUAUGUAGUGGAGUUUGCCAAACGCAUUGAUGGAUUUAUGGAACUGUGUCAAAACGAUCAAAUUGUGCUUUUAAAAGCAGGCUCUUUGGAAGUGGUGUUUAUCAGAAUGUGCCGUGCCUUUGACUCUCAGAACAACACCGUAUAUUUUGAUGGGAAAUAUGCUAGCCCUGAUGUAUUCAAAUCCUUAGGUUGUGAAGACUUUAUUAGCUUUGUUUUUGAAUUUGGAAAGAGUUUAUGUUCUAUGCACCUGACUGAAGAUGAGAUUGCAUUGUUUUCUGCAUUUGUGUUAAUGUCUGCAGAUCGCUCGUGGCUGCAGGAAAAGGUAAAAAUAGAAAAAUUACAGCAGAAAAUUCAACUAGCCCUUCAGCAUGUCCUACAGAAGAAUCAUCGGGAAGAUGGAAUAUUAACCAAGUUAAUAUGCAAGGUGUCUACAUUAAGAGCACUAUGUGGUCGACAUACAGAAAAGCUCAUGGCAUUUAAAGCAAUAUACCCAGACAUUGUGCGACUUCAUUUUCCUCCAUUAUACAAGGAGUUGUUCACUUCAGAAUUUGAGCCAGCAAUGCAAAUUGAUGGGUAAAUGUAUCACCUAAGCACUUCUAGAAUGUCUGAAGUACAAACAUUAAAAAAAAAAAAGACACUUUAUAUGGCCCUGCACAGACCUGGAGAGCCAACACACUGCACAUCUUUCGGUGGUCGGGGUCAGGCAAAGGAGGGGAAACAAUGAAAACAAAUAAAAGUGAAAUUUGUUUUUCUCAUGCAUAUGAUUUCCAUUAUGCCUACAGAUAUGGACCCUUUUUCUGUCUUGGCUUCUUGAUCUUUGACCUCUGUUUACAAGGUUGUCUUUUCUUGUAGUUCACUGCCCACAGACUUUCUACCGAGUAAUCAGUCUUUCUAGUCAGAACAGAGAAGUCCAGUAGUAACCAGGGACUGGGUAUGCAGAGCAGAGGUUUACGGCCCUGGUUUGUAUAACCUGCUCAUUGUCUCAUGAAGGAAGAUUUUUUUAUUUUUUUUCACCUAUUAUUGCCAGUAGGCAGGACAGCACGGAAAGGGUCCAUAGCAAUAGCAACAAUAGCAUUAUAAUAUAUUACAGGGUAAAUGGGCAUGAAGACUAUAUAUAGCUAAAGAGAUAUUGUUUAUAUAUUGUUUUAAUUAAUAUAAAAUGUAGUAACUGGUAUAGCUUUUCUUGUUGAAUUGAUAAGGCACUUUUCAUUUUGCACCUUUUUUCUUUAAAUUAAAUGCUAGCGUGUUCAUUGUUGUGUCGCACGUGCACCAGAAAGGCAAGUUUAACUGAAAAAAAAAAGGCUUGGAAGGUACGCAAGGAGGUGUUUAUGCUGCUGUUUUCAAAAAUACUUUUAAAAGAAUGGCCGGUCAUAUCCAGAAAUGAUUAUGUUUAUUUUUACACAUGGAAUUUGAGGCUGAAACUGAAGUAGCCCUAAAGGAUGCUUUGCCUUUUGGCAAGUUUUAAAAACAAAUGUACUUAAGCUUCUUACAAAGUAUAAUUGCAACUCUAGAAGAAGACUGAGCAUAUUGACUGUUAGGCACAUUUCAUAAAGUUUUAAAAUGCCACUUGCUCCUCUUCCUACCCUACUCCCAAAUCCCAUCCCCCUAAUAAUUCAGAAUCUAAUAUUUUUUAUUUAGACAUCUCCCACUAGCAGUCACUGAGCUUUGGAACAAAUCAGUAACCAGUAUGUUUAUCCAAAUUAACAUUUUACUACCAGAACAAAUCUCUGGUCAUAAAGCAUUGAAUAAAGGGUGGGAAGAGGUAGAGUGGGAGAAGUGAAGAAAGCAGUGUAUGGGUUCUUGUUAUCCUAUAGGAACCCUUAAAGCAUACCACAGAAUAAACUCCAAAUUAACUAGUUCCAUAUCCUGGAAUCCCAGAAAAUAUUGCACUCUUCAUUAUGUAGGCAGCAGAGAGUACAGCAGAGGCAAGAUUUGUUGAACCAUUUAAUCUUAUUUGUUAAACAGUGAGUAAAAUGUCUUUAUGCUUAGAAAGUAAAGCUGAUACCAUAAGUAUAGAGUGUCUUCAAGUAGGACAGUCAGGGCUGCAAUUUAUUUUGUCGUAUCAGUAGGAAUAUAGAUGGGGUUUUCACACAAUGGGAGAAGGGGGUUUCCCCCCAUCCUCCUAGAAAACAGUAAUUUCAAGGUACAGUGAGCUUAUUUCCAGAACAGGAUGGUCAUUCCUUUCUCUGAAGUCUCUAAAUGUAAAUUCUGGUCCCAGAAGGUGUCAGGUUGAGCUCCAAAACAUGAGUUUUAGACACCUGAUUUUCUAUUUGCAUGUGUAUGCAUUGGUUGAUUUCUUCAGCCCUGUUACCCAUAUACUACUCUAUGCGACAGGGCAAAAAAAUAUUUGAUGGCUGUGAUAUCAUAUGAUAACCAUUAUACACAUGAGGGACCUGAAUUUUUUCAUUCUAUCUUAUUACACUAGAAGCAAAAUAGUAGUGCCAAAUGUAUUUGCAAGGACAAUUUUUUUUUUCAGUAGAAGGACAAGAACCUAUACAUAUAAAGAAGAAAAGUGUGCAAAACCCAGUCAGCCUUCUAGAAAUGUGGACACCCACAGCUGUCUGUAUUUUUCUGUAGCUAUGUAGUCACUCAAUUUCAAAUGCAAUUUUCCCCACAUUUCUUCAAUAUCUUGCCCUACUUGUCCUCAAGGCAAGUUGUAGCCACUCAAGAUUGAGGAAGAGGUCUUCCUCGGCUUAUACAAAGAAGAGAAUGUUUUCUGUGGUCUCAAGGAAACAAAAGGAACUUCAAGCAGUCUUUUCUGUACACAAAGAAACCUUUAGUUUUCCAUUAGAAUUAUCUUCUGAAUCUUUCCCGUACAAUAUUGGUAUUGAUUUUAUAUUCUGUUGCUAUUUUUGGCUUCAGGGAAAACAAUCAUUUAAUUUAUAUCCAAUGGAUUCCUUAACUUAGGGUUUUUGAAAAAAGAAAAUUUCUUUGCAUAGUGGAUCUGUAUGAAGCCUAAAUAGCAUCUCAGACAUUAAAUAGAUACAUGUGCAUGUAUACAUGUAUAUGUUUGAUCAAUAAUCACGAAGACUAAUUAUAAACAGAAAAUGAAAGUAAACUAUUUAAAUACCUUAACAUGUGGCUACAUAAAGAAUAUCAGUUAAAUACAGAAAUUAACAGUCAAAAUUGUUCGUUAGGUGAAUACAUUCCCCUAGGAAUUAAUUGUCAGUUUCUGCAAAACGUGUAUACUAAGUCAAUCCAAGGUCUUUAUUUGUCCAUUAUAUCCUACUGGGCUGACUAAUGAGUUAUUGUCUUUCUUUUUUUUUUAAUUGGUUUCAUUGUAAGUCAUUUCUGAUUUACUAAAUUUUGGAGAAGGAUUUAUUAAAAUAAGUUAGCUUUUUUUAACCAAAGCUUUCUGAAUAUGACCAGCCUCAGGUGCUAGUACUUUUAAAGAGCAACUAAACUUGAUGUCAGUGUCCAUUUUCAAGAUUUGGAUGAGCUAAUCUUUUCUAAGGGUGAGACAGACUUUGAUGUUGAACAUCGAUUGAGAUUUCUAUGGUAUCCAUUCUAGAAAAGAUCUAACUUUGUACCCGAUGGAAAUACUGAGCAUUGUCACUCCAGAGUGGCAUUGCUUCUGAAGGAGAGACAGGGAUAAAUCAAGAUAAAGAGUAAUAUAAUGCUGCUACCAGGUCUUUCUGAAAGACCAAGAGGAUGUUGAAUAGUAUAAAUUAGACACAUUUUAUAGGAGUGUAGACCAUUAGGAUCCAAGAUCUGAAAUGAGGUGAAAUAUUCCAUUGAUAAUAUGUUGUGCAUAAAUGAAUGUGAAAAACACUGAAUUUUCACUUUCUGCUCUCAUUUCUUGUUAUAGAAACAUCUAUAAUGUGUAUUCCCUUGUUGACACAGGAAUAAUUAUUUUUAACGAAUCUUAUAAUUGAACAUGCCUGAACUGAAAAGUAUCCACCAGAAGAUUUCUUUUUCUUUUUUUGGACUGGUCCCAUAGCAACAUCAUUAUUUCAUACCACUCUCAAUUAGAACAAAUAUAGCUUAUGUAGAAAACCUGGAUACCUUAUAUUGCAGUGGUUUCUAUAUAGUUUAUUUCUUCCUGUGACAACUUUGGUUUUGAUCACAGUAGAAAACAAAACUACAGCUUAUGGCAAACUGAAUCUUCAAGCAGAUUACUUUGCUUUAAAGUUAUGAAUUUGGCUGUUUUGUUUUUAGUACUCUUAGUUCUCUAAAAUCCUUAUUCACCCUUUGUAACUUAAGCGAAGUUGAUUUAAAGACACUGCUUCUUCUAAGUUUGGUUGUUCUUUAUGAAGUUUGUACUUUUAUAGUAUGGAUACCCAGGUCUAUGUGAGCAUGUGGGAAGGUUGGGGGACUGAAUGAAUGUGUGUGCAAUGUGAGUGAGCGUCUGACUGCUUCUAGGCUACUAAGUGUCAAUGGAAAAAGAAAAUGUAUUCAAAAUAUGUAAGUCAAAAAUAGAAGGUGGAAAAAAAGAUUUAUUCUAUACAAAGCCUUGUCUGGACCACUUUAGAGAGACUUCUAUUUUUUUAACCCUUCUAUAAAUAUUUGAUGGCACUUGAAAUAUUCCUGCAAUAAAAUGUGAUUUGUGUAAAGAAAAAAAAGAUUUUGUAAUGUGAAACAAUGAAAGAAAGUAAUGUAAUUUUCUAAAAAAAAAUACAAACAAACAAACUUUGUAUUAUUUUCUUGAUGGAAUUUGUCUAUCUGUCUUUGGAAAACUUUUUAUUUCAUUGAAUGUGCCAUAGUAGAAAUACAUGUUCUUAAGUUUUUGACUAAGGAAUAGCUGUUUGUGUUCCGACAUUCCAAAAUGCAAGACAACAUAGCAGAGUCCUAAUUAAAAAGUUAAAUUAGUCUGUAAGCUUCUAUCAUUGUUGCUUUUUUGCACAUGUUCUUCAUUCCUCUAUAGUGCAAUAUGUACAUAGAGCACUUGCGGGUGUACCUUGAUCCCUCAGGGAAAAAAAUACAUAUUUGUACAGUUUUUUUUGCCUUUUUUUCUUUUUUCUUUUUUUUUGCCUUUUUUUUGCUAAGGAAUGUCGACUGAAUCACUUGUUUAUUGUUGAGAGGCAGCCAGAUAAUUAUCCUAAAAGCCACUGUCUCAAACAUUGAUUGUUUAAAUCAUACAUGUCCUUCUAGUACUUUUAUUUUAAAAAAUAAAAAGUUAUUUUCUGACAGUUCUUUGUGCUGAUUGGUGAAAAAAAGGGUAAAUAAGCACCUUAUGAUUGACUUAACUGUGAAUGACAAUCCAUCUUGUUAUCAACAAUAGAAGCCCUUUCGUUUUUGGAGUUGGGGUUAAGAGUCAGAAACUAAUGUGCUCAGGGAUCUUCUAAAACUCUUAAAACAGGGUGGCCAGUACUACUGGGACAAAUUUCAUUUUUUCAUUAAUAUUAAUAAUAUCCCUCCAAGGCACAAGUGAACUGCAUAAGAAUAUUAGUAUGUAAACUAUUCACAUUUGUCUCGUUUUAUUGUCUGAAAUCUAUAUUCUCUUUGAUCUUAUGUGCUUAAAAACAGCAUAAAGCUGUGUCAUUCUAUUCUAAUGCUAAACAAACAUUAAAUGUAUUAACAAAGGAACAUCAUUCAGAGUUCCAUUGUACACUUUGUGAUAGUUCUGUAAUUAUCAUAAAAGUGUUCACAUCAAAUACAUUCUCAGUAUCCUACAAUGAAAAAUAUCUUUCAGAAUAUACCUAUGGAUAAAAUUAAAAGACAUUAUUCCAAACAAGAGGUGAAUAACUAUUCUCUCUACUUUGUCUCUCCUUUCCCUCCAAUCAAUAUAACCCCUUUUUCUCCUUGCUUCUCUUUUUCUUCCUUUUCACCUAUAUCUUUUCCCCUUCCUUUUUUGCCAUAGAAAUAAAUAUGCAGAAGAAAGCUUUAAAUACUUUAUAGACAGAGAUCCCUAACAUAAGCAUCCUUUGAGACAUUUAUAUAUCCAUUGGAUUACAAUUGACUAUGAAUAUAACUGUGUAAUUUCAGAGUAUUUGGGGAGGGGGAAACUCAUUGUAUCCAUACCAUUAAAACUUUAAAUUUUGGCCUAAGAGAACUUUUUUUUUUACCAUUUCAGCGUCAAAAUAUAGUAUAAUGGAACAUUUUUAAAAUCCAUCACAAGUCAAAUCAUUCCCAUUAGCAACACAAUAGGGAUAAACAAUAAGAUCCUAAUAUGGUAUGUUCCAUCUAUCAAGCAAUUUUUCUAUCUUUCAAUGCCUGCCUUAUAAAGCAACUUUAUGUCAUAUUAAAUUAAUUUAAAGAAACUCUUCCAUUGCUUAUUUUAAGACGCUCGAAGGUUUUCCUCCAUCUAUGCCAACAAUGUAGAACGGCCAGACAUUUCUAUGUAGCAAUUUAUUUCUGUUCAAUUUUAACUUAGUGACAUCAGCUCUUGUUGGGCUCUUCAUGUUAUACCAUGUUUCAGCACCAAACUGCCAUUGUAGAUUAUGGGAAACUUACACCCACUUUUGAGGCAGGAAUCUGACCUCUAAAUCUUAAAGCAAUAAUUACAUUUAGUCCAUAAAGGAAACAAAUUAUUUUUUAGUAAUUCAACAUAAAAUGUAUUGGUCAAUGGACUCAUGGAAGCUCCAUGAAUGUUUUAAGUAGGUGACUAGGAAAAUCAGUAUUUCUUAUGUCCAUUUAGUGUUGUGCUAUAAUUAUUAUACCAUGUUAACCUUUUCCACUUUAUUCCUUGAAACUCUUUCACAGAACACAUUGUAUACUGUACACACCAUCAUGAUGUUCCUCAAGCAACAGCUCAAUGCUUUCAUUUUUUUGCACAUGUGCUUAAUAUAAUGGCUUCCCACCCAUUAUCCCAAUCAGUCUUAAUGUGGAUUAAUAUAUUAUCUGUGGAGCUGAUUAUCACUGAACAGAAUGCAUAAGUAAAUGCAAGCAACUCAUAAGCAAUAGUGAAUUUUAUUUCACAAAGAAUACAUAUGUACUGUAUACAUCUCUCUAAAUUCCAAAUUUUCUUUUCUGUUUUGGUUUGAAUCAUCAUGUAAAACAGUGGUAAGUGUUUUCAACAUUAGGACAUUAGCUGGCUGCUUCUUUCUAUGUACCUGUAUUGUCUGCCUGCUCCUUUUGUGGAGAUGUGUUUUUGUAUUGGAUGUUUGGGCCAAUGGGAGGCUUCAAGCUACGACAUAUUUUCCCAAUUUAAAUAUAUUUAACAUAUGACAAACCCCAGACAAGGCUUUUAAAAUGUAUAAAGAACUGCAGUGUUAGGUGGUUUAUUUGCAAACCAUUUUCAAUGUUGUCCAUUUUUAUGGCACCUUUAACAAUAUUCUUGUUUCCAAAGUACAAAAAAAAAAUAGGUUAAAAAUACUCUAGCCAUAACUGAAUGUCAAGCAAUAAAAACAAAUGACUUUUUGUGCAUAGAUUUUAAAAAAGAAUACAAAUUUUAGACAUCUGCAUGUAAAUGCAAUCUUGUUUACUGCUUUCUUCAACUUGAGCAACUGAUUCCUUAUUUUCCUGCUAACUUAAGGACUUGUAAUGGCCUGUAAACAUUUUCUCUUACUCUUCUUUCAAAUUUAUCUUUGUCUCUGCUUUUGAGUCAUAAUAUUUAAUGUCGUUCUGCUCACCUCUAUACAGUUAACUUUUUGGCUUUCAUUCUGUAUAGAUAAGAAAAUGUUAUAUUAUAAACAGCCUACUCAGUGCAAAUAUUUAUCUGUUUAUCAAAUACCACAUUAUUCUGUAUAAUACCUGUUUUACUAUAUAAUCUAUUUUAGACAUAGCUGUUUAGAACUAGAGUGUGCUAUUUUUGUGUUUUUCUGAUGUGUGGUGCUAGAUAAGUUACUUUUGUGAACAAAAAUCCCUUUUAUUCCUAGACAAUACCACCUUUGGGUCUUGUUAAUUUCACUGAGUAUAACUAUAUAUAUUUGUAUAUAUAUACAUAUAUAUAUAUAGUAUAUAUAUAUCUACCUGUUCCCAACUGGUACCUGUAUCAGAGUGCUAGAUUUGGGACAUGUUUUUCUCUUUAAAUACAUAGUAUCAUUAUAUAAAUUAUUCUACAGUGUAUUUAAUUGGGAAAAAAUUACUUCCUUGGUAUUGAUAUUUGGCAUCCAUAGAGUGAAUUUGCUUAUAAAUAUGGAUUUUGAAAACCUAUCAGCAGUUUUUUUUGUUGUUUUAUAACUUGGCUUCUUAACAUUAUAUCUCAUAAGGUGAAGAAUAAUUUCCUGAGUCUUCAAGAACCUACAGACUCACUCUAGUUUAAAAAGCAAUGCAUUUUUAGAGUUUUUUAAAGUAAUGAAUUCUAUUUGGCACCUGUUACAAGUAAGAGAUAUUUGUAGAAAACAUCAUUGGUGACUUGAUGGCAGAACAGACCUUCCAGACAUACAGCAAGAAGUCACUGGUAGAUGGAUAUGUAUGUCAUCUAGUAAAUGUGGGUCUCAAUGUUCAACUUAGAUAUGAAAUUUGCAUUAUCAGUCAAUUAUGUAAUGUUUGUUUUGAAAUAGUCAUUUGACAAAAAGCUAAUAACUCAAUUCUUCUUCCACACCCCAUUGGCAGGUUCAUUCUUGAAAGAAAUAUAUCAAAUAUCUAACUAAGGAUGUAGUUAAACCUUAUUAAAUAUUUAUUAGAAUUGUUCUGUAAUAUUACUGAAUUUAUAAGAUCUUUAGCAAAGAUUUUUGAGCAAUUUAUAAACCUAUAUCAAAUGUUUCUGUUUACUGCACUUUUUGUAACUGAAGGUGAUAAAUUCUAAUGUCAUGGUUCUGGCUUCCAUGCAUUGCAUUUGUACCCGCAAUCCUAAACAUUUUCCAUUUUUACGGAAGAUUUAUUGUUAUUGUAAACAUAAAUGCAAUUGUACAUGGUGGGCAGGUUUCAUGAUCAGUAGAAUACUAAUAAUAAUUACCUUUCAAAACUCAAUUGGCUAGAGGCUAGUGGGAAAAAAACACAUUUUAAUACAAGUCAUAAGGCCGUUCCUUCUUGCUUUAGCUUAAAAGAAGACACAGGCCUUUUUUACUCCAUUUAACAUCAUAGGCUGCUUAAGAGCAGGGAAACUUAUCUUUUCUAUGUUCUCUAAAAUGCCCAGCACAUUGUCGGCAUUUAAUAAAAGUUAAGUAAUAACAACAACAACAACAACAACGGACUUGAUUGCCACAUUGUUUUUCUGAAUUGUUUAGGUGUAUUUAUAAAGUAUACCAAGCCUUAUGGUUAAUGUUUCCUCCUAAAACCAAGUGUUUAAAGUAACAUUUAAAAAUACCACAUUAAAUGCUGAUUACAAAAGUGUGUAGGUCUAAGGAUGAAGCACACAAAUUUCACAAACCUCGCUGGGUCCCAGACUCAGCCUUCUGUAAAUAUUCAUGCAAGUACAAAAAAAAUAUAUACUGUACCUAUAAAUAUCUGCUGUCUCUUUGUGUACAGUAUGUACAAACUCUUUUUUUCUGCCACAAUGAAAAUGCAAGCCAUUUACAAGAAUCCUAAAAAAUAGAGUAUUGUACUAAAACUUUGCUAAUGAUCUUUAUUAGAGGAUUGUUUAAAUUUUCACUUACAUUGGGUCUUCUUUUAAGUUCACUCUUAAAGUAGUCUGCUUAUAUCCAGCUGUUUGUUAUUUUACUGAGUCCUAAAAAAAAAAGUAUUUUGAUUCAUUUUGUAAAUACAGCUGUAAAAAAGAGAUUUAAUGUUGUCUUUUAAAUACUCCAAUUUUCAUUCUAAUAUGAAUGUUGUUAUAUUGUACUUAGAAAACUGUACCUUUAAUAUUACAUUACCUUUAUUAAAAGUGCAUUGAACACAUCGAUUUUAGAUGUGUUGUUAUGUACGGUUAUCCUCUAAUAAAACUUCAGCUUCUAAUGGAAA